UAAAUUCAACUCGCUUCCUCUUUGCGACGUGAAUUGUAAAGGUGAGGUUAGGUUAACCUGUUUAGGCUCCACCCAGCCCCACCUCCCCAGCUCUAACGAACUGGUGGGGAGUCGGCUUUCAGAAAAAUUGACACUCAGCUAAAAACUCUCUUGGAUCUAAACAGCACCGACGAUCUAGCAAGGUCUGCUAAAUAUAAAUCGCGGGACAAUAUUUUUUGGACUUUUGUUGUUGCCUACGGGAAAUUGCAAGGGACUUGAUUUAAAAACAGUUUGGCCACAUUCUUGCGCUGUAAAGUUUGGACUUUCAACUGAAUACAAACAUGGCAACGACAGAAUCUAUUUCGGGUAGUUUUAUAAAGACGGUCAUACCAUCGUACGGGCUUCAUGUAUCUGAUGACAGCAGUUUGGCUUUGCCACCUGAGGAAAAUAUAAAACUAUCCAACAGGCAAAUGAAUGACAAAAGUUUGAGAGUGCAGCAACAAGUACUACAGCUCACACUGGCUAGAAAAGGCAAAAGAGGGACAUCAAAUGGUAGUUUGCACCGGUCCAGCAGCAUCCCAGAACAUGUUUUCAGAUAUGACUCGAUGAGCACAGUCCGUCAGGAGCCCUACAGUGAAAGCAAGUUUUAUAAUACUUUGAGCUAUGAGAAUGGGUAUGGCACCCCAAGGAAGUCUUUCUCUGGAACGUAUGUGAGGAGUGAGAAUGUGAAGCGCCCAUCAAUGCGGCUCGAGGUUUCACCAGUGUCAAGCCCCGAGAUGCCCCGAUCCCGAGCCCAAACAAGCUACAAUUACGAAAUGUUUCACAAGGGGCUUCACACCCUGCCUGCGGCCCAAACUCCCAUUAACCAGGGAUUCCGUAGGGAGAGCAUGAAAUCCACCGGUAUGCCUACUAGCUAUGCCCAUUCGGAAAUCUUAAAUUUCAAUAUGUAUAACACAUCUGGUCGGGGCCGUUACUACAGCAACAGACGUCAGCAGGUCUGGAACCAAGGCCGAUCAGAUGACGCUGUCUUUUUGGAUAACCUCCCCUCCAGCCCCAACACCAUACAGUUCCAGCGGCCUGGAACAAGCCAAAGCUUGACCAACAUCCUGGAUGCAGGCAGGUCAGCAGCCGCCAUGGGGCAGACUCAAGUCCAGAUGCAGAACCGCAAUUUAAGCAUGGGUAGAGAAUCUCAGAAAUACAGCUGGCACCACAUGGCACGUGCAUCCCAGCCUCCUUCUGUGUGCAGCGUGCAAAUAGAUGGCAACAGCAGGCAGUCAAUGAGGGGUAUGACGGUAGCUGUAUUGUCAAAUGGAGGAGCUACUGAACGCCAGACGCAAGCAAGUUUUUCUGGAGCACAAACUGAAGCCGCUAAGGGGGAGGCAGUUGAGAUGACUCUAGACAAGGCCAUUUCCUACCUGACUACCAGCAACUCGGAAUGGCAGGUCACUGCUGCAACCUUCAUUCAACAUCAGUGCUUUGUAAACGUAGACUCAAAGAGAAUGGUGUACUUCAUGCAUGGGAUUCCCAAACUGAUCAAGGCUCUGGAGAUUGAUAAUGUCGAGCUUCAGCGUGCAGCCAGCGGAGCUCUUCGCAACAUUGUCUUCGAGGACAGCGACAACAAGAUGGAGGUGAAGGAUCAGAAUGGCAUUCCUGUUGUGCUGAGACUCCUCAAACAAACCAGGGAUGUGGAGACCAAAAAACAGCUCACUGGUUUGCUCUGGAACCUGUCCUCUAUUGACAGUCUAAAAGAUAUACUCAUCAGGGAGGCUCUCCAGCCGGUCACAGACACUGUCGUUGUUCCCUGCUCUGGGUGGUCAGACGGAGACUAUCCAAAGGGGGAUCUGCUAUCAGAUCCAGAUCUCUUCUACAACGCUACCGGCUGUCUGCGAAACAUGAGUUCAGCUGGCUUAGAGGGACGAAGAGCUAUGAGGGAAUGUGAAUCUUUGAUUGACUCGCUUGUGCAUUAUGUUCGGGGUACCAUUGCUGACUAUAAAGCAGAUGAUAAGGCUACAGAGAACUGUGUUUGUAUCCUUCACAACGUUUCCUACCAGCUGGAAUCCGAGCUGCCUGGAAGAUACUGCAAGGAUCUCGCUGGCUCAAGGCGGGACGUCUCUCCACAAGGCAAAACACCAGGCUGCUUUGCCACUCAAAGCAGGAAGAUCAAACAGAAAGAUGACCACAGGGUCCCUUUUCCAGAAGAAAAGAGUAACCCACAUGGUGUGGAGUGGCUGUGGAGCCCAAUCAUUGUGAGAAUGUACCUCUCUCUAAUAGCUAAGAGCACCAGAAAUUACACCCAGGAGGCUUCAAUGGGAGCUCUCCAGAAUCUCACUGCUGGAAAUGGGGUGAUAUCAUUCUCGAUUGCACAGACCAUUGUGCAAAGGGAAAAUGGUCUCCAGCACAUUAGAAGGAUGCUUCAUUUGAGUGAACCUGGAGUGAAGAAGACAGCUAGCUCCCUGCUGAGGAACAUGUCACGCUAUCCUGAGCUGCAUAAGCAGAUGGCCAACCAAGUACUGCCUGAUCUGGUUUCAGUCCUCCCAAAUUCCGCCCGAGAUCCCCAAGUGCCUGCAGAGAUGACGGUUUCUGUGUGUUCCAUUCUCAACAACUUGGUGCAGAGUGACUCCCAGAAUGCCCGUACCAUUCUGAACAAUGAGGGGCUGAGGAAAAUCAUCAACAUCAGCACCAUUGACAGUAAUGUACCAACAAAAGCUGGACAAUCUGCAUCCAUUCUGCUUCACACAAUGUGGAAACACAGUGAGCUACAUAGUGCCUACAAAAAGGCCGGGUAUAAGAAGGGUGCUUUUAUCAACAACAUAACAAUGCGAGUCAUUCAGUCACAGAAGGAUUCAUAAAAGACAACUGCUGAGAAACAUGAACAGAUGGACUUUUAAUCAAGAUUUUACAUGAGCAUCAGCAUUUACGGCAUGGGCACAACCAUAUAUUUGUGAGGGAUUUAAACAUAAUGCUUCAAAAAAACAUUCAAUGUGAACUAGAUGAAAGUAUCCUGGGUGAAGUCUUGGUACAGGAAUCUGAAUGUAAGUGAAUGGUAUGUUAUAUGACAAAAGGUUGGGGAAAGAAAAAAUGUUAUGGAAUGCAGGGAGAAAACAAUUACAAGUAAAAAAUAUUGGUUGCCCUAUGAUCCUGUCGAACUCUCAGUAACCCCCAGUAAAGGUUCAGAGGAUUUGAGUUUAGGUGAGUGUAUUCGUGUAAGUAGCUUGUAUUGCUAGCAGUACAAAAUGAAUGAGGUGUAUGCAGCAUUAUACACAACUCAAGUCACAGUCCAAAGGUGUACAGAUCCCCUACAAAAUCAGUUUAGAAAAUGAAUUUAGCCACCACAUAUAGUUGGUUAAUGUUGCUAAACUUAACAGUUUAGGAAUUUCACUUUAUCAGUGGUGACCUUCAAUGUCAAAAGUGCUUAGACUGCCUGUCUCAGGUUUGAAAUACAAGAAAAGAAAGACUAAAUGUGUUUUCAAAGAAAGCACCAAGUAGUCCUGACGAAGAUCAAUGAAUGAUUUUGUUAAAAAAACAAACAUGUUAAAACUGAAGUGGUUUAUGCAGAUGAAUGUGCUUUCAAAAUAACAUGAUUUCCAGUCCAGUAACCUACAGCUAUGGCCAACAGUUUUGCAUCACCCCAAAUUUUAGGAUUGAGACAUAUUUUAAAAAGAAUGAAUGAAUAAAAAAACUAUAAACAUUUUUUUAGAUCUUUUAUUUAACAUCAUGUAAUUAUUAUUAUUAUUAAUUUCUUAGCAGACGCCCUUAUCCAGGGCGACUUACAAUUGUUACAAGAUAUCACAUUAUUUUUACAUACAAUUACCCAUUUAUACAGUUGGGUUUUUACUGGAGCAAUCUAGGUAAAGUACCUUGCUCAAGGGUACAGCAGCAGUGUCCCCUACCAGGGAUUGAACCCACAACCCUCCGGUCAAGAAUCCAGAACCCUAACCACUACUCCACACUGCUGUAAUCAAAGCAACUACAAAAUGAUAUCACAAAAGUGUAAUGGAAGCCAGAAUAGUAGUACUGUAGUUCAUGUUAGAUUUCACAUUUUUUAAUUUGUCUAUUUUUUGUUAAGUAUAUUGAAAACUACAAAGCGGUAUGCAGUUCAAUAUGUUAACAUAAUUAAGCAGGUUUCCUUCUACUUUAUGAAGCAAAAUGUGUUAAUUCUAAAGGGUGAUGCAAAACUUUUUGCCAUAGCUGUAUACAAUAGGCAGUUUUCAGCAGCUCUCGUUUUAUCAAACCUGUAUUGCUUAAUUAAAAUACAAAAUAAUGUAGGUUUGCCAGUAGUAAAUGUUCAGAUGUGUUUGAAAAAUACAAAUAAAUAAACAUAUAAAAUAAAAAGGUAGCCUUGAUUUUACAUAACCAGAUAUGCCAAAAGGCAUUAGACAACGAGAAAACCAAAUGCAUGUAGAAUGAAAAUCUCUUGCGUGGAACUUUAGGUUUGGUCGUCUUGAAUAUUACAGAUUACGCGAACGAAACAACAAGCUUGGGGGUGCCAUGUGAAGAUAUUAACUGGUGUUCUCGCUUCAUUUAGUACACUUAGGAAUUAGAAAAGCAACACAUACACCCACUUUCUUCUAAAAUGAGCACCUUAAAUGUGUAUAGCAAUUUAACCCAGUAAUGCUAAAGUUUACUUUUCCUUGGAUUGACCUAAUUCUUGUACCAAACAUAAAUGCUAAUAAAAACACACUUACAGUAGUCAACUGUAGACAUUGUGAAAUGCCACAGAAUGCAUAUACAAGUUUACUGGGUCAUUUUUUUUUUAUGUCUACUAUGAAUUCAAAAUGAAAAAAAGUGUAAACGUAAUUUGUUAUGUACAAUAGUUGUGCUUUAAGUGUUAGUCAUUUCAUACCCUUUUAUAAAUAAUGAAAUGUUCAUGUUUGUAAUUGCUGUUUUGGUAGUUUCUCUAGCUGAAAGUUAGAAUUUUAUUUUGUUUAACCUCUGUGCAUAGAAAAUAAGACUGUUGUGACCAACAGUAAAACGAUUCACUAAGGUUGGAAGAAAUCAAAAGAAGAAUGGUUCAUUAUUUUGGAUGUGAGGUGUACCAUACUGUUUUGGGUAGAUGUCUUCUGGGUUUGAAGGGGUUUAUGUAUUUCAGUUAGAAUCAUGGGAGAAGUGAGAAGGCUACUUUGUUGUAAUAUUGAUAAUAAAAUCACUAAAACUAAACUACUGUAUGUCAAUUUGCAUGUGAAAACUUUACAAUGUAAUUGUAGCAAAAUGAGAAAGAAAAAGCAUUAGAUUUCACCUAGCAUUAGAUGACCAAAGUAAGGCUUAUUUUUACUUUACCAAUGUUUGGUGAUUUAAAGCAGAUUAAAUAUGAUCUUUGUUGGUAAAAUAUGCAAUAUGUUUAUUUCACAUUUCAUGGGUUUACUUUAAAAAGACAAGGGGAAUAUUGCUUCAUUUAGCAAUCAAGUCCUCUGAAAAUGUAACUGUUUUUUAAUCUCACUAGAAAUACUAAACAAUUACUGAUGGAUUAAAACUAUUAUCUGACUGAAGUAGCUGUGCUUUCUUUUUAACAGUUUAUGUUGAUGUAUUAAAUGAGAUAUAACUUUCAAAUGAA